AUGACCUUCAAAAAAGUUAGGUUUCUUACUCCCGAAGAGCCAUAUCUUGGCGAUAUCGCCUCCACCUGCUCUACCUACAGCAGUGAUGCCAGCGAAGACGGUCCGGUAGCGCUAGGGCGUGCUUCUGAUAAGGGUCUGAUCGACUGGUUGGGCUCUUAUGUCCCAUUGGAGUUGUGGACUCCUCCUGCAUUGUCGAGGAAACCCAGGAUGAAAGGAGUUGUCAGAUUGGAACACUAUCCGAAGUUUAAAAAAUACGACUUGACAAAAGAGUUUCUUACCGACCACGAAAAGCUUAAUGAUUUGUUCGCACAAAGGGAUCAAGUAUACGACCUUUGUUUCAACGGCCACUUCGACGAGAUAGGGAGUAUGCUGGCCGGUGAGUCUCCCAUUAGCCCAAAGGUUCUUUCAUCACUCAACAAGUGGUGCAAGACAUGUAUGCUAUGGAAUGCCGGCAAACAUCCGGAAAUGUUGCCCGGACUCCAACAAGGUAUGGCGAUUCCUACGACUGCGGAUGGGAUGAUCCUAGUUCGGCCGAGUCAGCGGAAGAUCCCUACGACUGUGGGUGGGAUCGUCAUACGGAUGAUCAAGGCAUCCCGCAAUCAUGUGGGUCGGCGGAAGAUGCUUAUGACUGCGGUUGGGAUCAUCUUAUGGAUGAUCAAGCCAUCCUGCAAUCGAGUGAGUCGGCAGAAGAUGCCUACUGAUUGCGGAUGGGAUCAUCCGAUGGAUGAUCAGGCCAUCCUGCAAUCGGGUGAGCCGGCAGCGGAUGCCUAUGAUUGUGGGUGGGAUCAUCUGAUGGAUGACCAGGCCAUCCUGCAAUCGGGUGAGCCGGCAGCGGAUCCCUACGACUGUGGAUGGGACAACCAUAUGAAUGCGACAGAAGCCUCUUCAAAUGUGAUGGAGGAAUAUGUUGGCAUAGUAGCAUCCGAAGAUGGAGGAUCGGCAGGGGAUGAUCCGUAUGACUGUGGAUGGGCUGCCCCGGAAGUCAGCAGACAAACUGCCACCGGCAGUAACGCAGUGAAUGCAUUUGCCUCUUCCGGUGAGCAAGCAGAAGACAAUGAAACAAAUGUCUUCGAGCAUGCAGAACACUCUAUGAGGUCUGCGAUCCGAAUCUUGCAUGACAUUCGGCCUAACAAUAUUCAUCACAAUGCAAAUGGCAUUGCAACAACUGCCGAGCAUGUCCUCAACCCCAUGUUGAUACCGACCUCCUUUCGGGACUCAAGGCAGUAUCGGGGCUCACACGGAGGCAAGAAACAGAGUGGCGGAACUGGGUGA